UAAAGGGUAACUCUGUAUUAAAAUUCUAUAUAGAAUGUUUGUUUUUCUUACAGUUAGUGCAAUUAUGGCAGCGAAAUUAACACCAGAAAAAAAGUUGGAGCUUAUGAAGAGAAAUUUGCAGGAGGUUUUAGGAGAGGAUAGACUUCUGCCUAUUUUGAAGGAGAGAGAUGUGAAAAUCUACUGGGGAACAGCUACGACGGGAAAACCUCACAUAGGUUAUUUUGUUCCUAUGUCCAAGCUUGCAGAUUUUCUCAAUGCAGGAUGUGAGGUAACUAUUCUGUUUGCUGAUCUCCAUGCCUACCUUGAUAACAUGAAAGCCCCAUGGGAGCUGCUGAAGUUGCGGACAUCUUACUACGAACAUGUCAUCAAGGCGAUGCUCAAAUCUAUCGGGGUGCCACUUGACAAGCUCAAGUUUGUGAGGGGAACAGACUUCCAGCUUAGCCGUGAAUACACACUAGAUAUGUACCGACUUUCUUCGGUGGUCACAGAGCACGAUGCCAGAAAGGCCGGAGCUGAAGUCGUCAAACAGGUGGAACAUCCUCUCCUUAGUGGGCUGCUCUACCCAGGGCUGCAGGCACUCGAUGAACAGCACUUAGAAGUUGAUGCUCAGUUUGGCGGAGUUGACCAACGAAAAAUAUUUACUUAUGCAGAGAAGUGUUUGCCACAACUUGGAUUUACAAAAAGAAUACAUCUAAUGAAUCCAAUGGUUCCAGGUUUAACAGGGACAAAAAUGAGUUCUUCCGUAGAGGAUUCCAAGAUAGAUCUGCUUGAUUCACCUGCUCAGAUAAAGAAAAAGCUCCAGAAGGCGUUCUGUGAGCCAGGAAACAUAGAGGAUAACGGGAUCCUGUCUUUCUGUAAAUACGUUCUCUUCCCACUGAGCUCCACAAAAGUUAGUGCAAUCAUGGCAGCGAAAUUAACACCAGAAAAAAAGUUGGAGCUUAUGAAGAGAAAUUUGCAGGAGGUUUUAGGAGAGGAUAGACUUCUGCCUAUUUUGAAGGAGAGAGAUGUGAAAAUCUACUGGGGAACAGCUACGACGGGAAAACCUCACAUAGGUUAUUUUGUUCCUAUGUCCAAGCUUGCAGAUUUUCUCAAUGCAGGAUGUGAGGUAACUAUUCUGUUUGCUGAUCUCCAUGCCUACCUUGAUAACAUGAAAGCCCCAUGGGAGCUGCUGAAGUUGCGGACAUCUUACUACGAACAUGUCAUCAAGCUCAAGUUUGUGAGGGGAACAGACUUCCAGCUUAGCCGUGAAUACACACUAGAUAUGUACCGACUUUCUUCGGUGGUCACAGAGCACGAUGCCAGAAAGGCCGGAGCUGAAGUCGUCAAACAGGUGGAACAUCCUCUCCUUAGUGGGCUGCUCUACCCAGGACUGCAGGCACUCGAUGAACAGCACUUAGGAGUUGAUGCUCAGUUUGGCGGAGUUGACCAACGAAAAAUAUUUACUUAUGCAGAGAAGUGUUUGCCACAACUUGGAUUUACAAAAAGAAUACAUCUAAUGAAUCCAAUGGUUCCAGGUUUAACGGGGACAAAAAUGAGUUCUUCCGUAGAGGAUUCCAAGAUAGAUCUGCUUGAUUCACCUGCUCAGAUAAAGAAAAAGCUCCAGAAGGCGUUCUGUGAGCCAGGAAACAUAGAGGAUAACGGGAUCCUGUCUUUCUGUAAAUACGUUCUCUUCCCACUGAGCUCUACAAAAGAAUUUUGUGUAAAGAGGUCUAAGGAUUUUGGAGGAGACAUAACCUAUCAUUCAUACGAGGAACUGGAAAAAUCCUUUGCUAAAGAGGAACUGCACCCUGGAGACUUGAAGUCUGCCAUGGAGGUUUACUUAAAUCAGCUCCUCGAUCCUAUCAGAAAGGAAUUUGAAUCACCCGAGUUGAAAAAAAUAACGGCAGAAGCUUAUCCAAGCAAAACAAUUAGUGCAAUCAUGGCAGCGAAAUUAACACCAGAAAAAAAGUUGGAGCUUAUGAAGAGAAAUUUGCAGGAGGUUUUAGGAGAGGAUAGACUUCUGCCUAUUUUGAAGGAGAGAGAUGUGAAAAUCUACUGGGGAACAGCUACGACGGGAAAACCUCACAUAGGUUAUUUUGUUCCUAUGUCCAAGCUUGCAGAUUUUCUCAAUGCAGGAUGUGAGGUAACUAUUCUGUUUGCUGAUCUCCAUGCCUACCUUGAUAACAUGAAAGCCCCAUGGGAGCUGCUGAAGUUGCGGACAUCUUACUACGAACAUGUCAUCAAGGCGAUGCUCAAAUCUAUCGGGGUGCCACUUGACAAGCUCAAGUUUGUGAGGGGAACAGACUUCCAGCUUAGCCGUGAAUACACACUAGAUAUGUACCGACUUUCUUCGGUGGUCACAGAGCACGAUGCCAGAAAGGCCGGAGCUGAAGUCGUCAAACAGGUGGAACAUCCUCUCCUUAGUGGGCUGCUCUACCCAGGACUGCAGGCACUCGAUGAACAGCACUUAGGAGUUGAUGCUCAGUUUGGCGGAGUUGACCAACGAAAAAUAUUUACUUAUGCAGAGAAGUGUUUGCCACAACUUGGAUUUACAAAAAGAAUACAUCUAAUGAAUCCAAUGGUUCCAGGUUUAACAGGGACAAAAAUGAGUUCUUCCGAAGAAGAUUCCAAGAUAGAUCUGCUGGAUUCACCCGCUAAGAUAAAGAAAAAGCUCAAGAAGGCGUUCUGUGAGCCAGGAAAUAUAGAGGAUAACGGGAUCCUGUCUUUCUGUAAACACGUUCUCUUCCCACUGAGCUCUACAAAAGAAUUUUGUGUAAAGAGGUCUGAGGAUUUUGGAGGAGACAUGACCUAUCAUUCAUACGAGGAACUGGAAAAAUCCUUUGCUAAAGAGGAACUGCACCCUGGAGACUUGAAGUCUGCCGUGGAGGUUUACUUAAAUCAGCUCCUCGAUCCUAUCAGAAAGGAAUUUGAAUCACCCGAGUUAAAAAAACUAACAGCAGAAGCUUAUCCAAGCAAAACAAAGGGUGCAAAGGGUGGUCUAGCUGAAGAAGAGCUUGUUCCCUCAAGGUUGGACUUUAGAGUUGGAAAGAUUACGGCUGUCAGUCAGCACCCUGAUGCAGACAGCCUGUAUGUGGAAACAGUUGAUAUCGGUGAAGCAAAACCGAGGACUGUGGUCAGCGGCCUCGCGGGACUGUUUCCUAUGAACGAGCUGCAGGACAGACUGGGAGUUUUCCUCUGUAACCUGAAACCAGCCAAGAUGAGAGGGGUCGAGUCACAGGCCAUGUUGAUGUGUGCAUCUGUUGCUGACCCGAGAGCUGUAGAACCUCUAGAGCCACCAGAGGGCAGUGCGCCUGGAGAACGCGUCUUCAUCGAGGGAUAUGAUAAAGGAACACCAGACGAGGAACUAAAACCCAAGAAGAAAGUUUGGGAGAAUUUACAGCCUGAUUUUCGAACAAAUGGAGCCUGUUUUGCGGAAUGGCAGAACAGUCCCAUGGUUACAAAACUAGGACCUGUCAAGUGCAAGACAUUGAAGUGUUCACCUAUUAAAUAAACAUAAACUAGACCAUUGUUUUAUAAUGACAUUUUAUCACACGAGAAGGUCUGAACAGAUUAUUCUGUCGACACUCGCCACACAACAACAAAAAUCUGUUUUAAUGUGGAUAAAUAAAUACAUGGAUAACAGAUCAUAUAUACAGUGAAGUGAAACCUGGCUAAACCAGAUUAUGCUGGGGAUGUGAUUUUUAUCCAAUUUAGACAAUUGUUUUUGCAUUUACAAUAGCCGAUGUAUUUUUCGUGCUGGGGUGUCGUUAAACAUUCAUUCAUUCAUUCCAAUUUAGACGGGAUCCGGAGUUUAGAGGGUAGAGUAUCAGAUGUUGAAAAAUUGGGAACAAUGAAACUUGGCCAGUUUUGACAGGAUUCCAAAUUGAUCAGGGUCCGGUUUACACAGGUUUCACUGUAAUAUAAUUAUAAAAUUAUGUUCCUUUCACACCAAUAUUUAUAUAGAGAAUACUAGGUUAAAGCCAUAGAUUCUCUGUUCUUACCCGUUAUUAGUUUUAUCCUGCAACUCUACAAGAAGAGUGAAGAAAUCAACUUUAUUUGUAGCUUUCAGUAUGCUUAAGCUAAAUAAGCAAGCUUUUUCAAAUAUAACAUAAACAUUCAUGACAUCA